UGAGCACCAGGGAAGGUACUUCCAUAACAGAUGGGUCCAAAAUAUGUUUUUAUUACUGCCAUCAUCGGGGUUUUCGUCCACGUCCAGGGUUUCCCCAACCCCAGCAUUAAGCAAGAUAAAGAUGUACACAACAGGGAGUUAAGUGAAGAGAGACCUCUGGAAGAACAGAUUGCAGAGGCAGACACUGUGAGCAGAGGCACAAGCACAGAAAACCAAGAGAUGCUAAAAAAUGAUUCUUUUGCUGAUGAUCUUGGGUUUUUGAUGUCAAUGGGAGAAAAAGAUGGUGAUGUGAAGAGAAGUGGAAGCACAAGAGGCUCUUUCGGUAGUAACAGAGGUACCCUGGAUGAUGCUGAUUCAACCAAGAACCUAAAGCUUGCUGAGUAUUUUGAUACCACUAAAAGCAUGCCGGAUUAUAAAUAUGAAGAUGAUCCUGAUGGCCUUCACCAGUUAGAUGGCACCCCUUUAACUGCAGAAGACAUUGUUCGAAAGAUUGCCACAAGAAUAUAUGAAGAGAAUGACAGAGGGGUGUUUGAUAAGAUUGUUUCAAAGCUUCUAAACCUUGGACUGAUUACAGAAAGCCAGGCAUACACAUUAGAAGAUGAAGUGGCAGAAGUUUUACAGCAACUAAUUGCUAAUGAGGCUAAAAACCGUGAGAAGGAAGCAGGAGAUCUGGAUUAUGCAGACGUGAGAUCAGACGUCUAUGAUGACGAUAAGCGGGAGGGAAAAAUGGAAACACUGAAUAAAAAUGAAGACAGAGAAUCAUCUGAAACAAAAAACGAGGAUUCUUUGAGCACUGUGGAGAGAAGGAACGAAUUAUCUCCUGAAGAUGAUCUCCAGUAUUUCCCAAAUUUUAAUCGACUUGUAAAAAGCCUUAACUCAGAAAACGAUGUCAAAGAGAAGAAAACCUUGUUAACAAUAAUGAAAACUCUGAUAGACUUUGUGAAAAUGAUGGUUAAAUAUGGGACAAUUACACCAGAAGAAGGAGUCAAUUACUUAGAAAACCUGGAUGACAUGAUAGCCGUGCAAGUGAAGAAUAAACUGGGAAAAAACUUUGGCUCUCACAGAAACGCGUUACCCUCAGAAGACAAGAACGCUGAUGAAUCUGACAGCACAAAAGAAGAGGCAGCCAAAAUGGAAAAAGAAUAUGAAUUAUUAAAGGACUCCACAAAACCAGAGCCAAAUGAUGCAGCAGAAUCAAAGCCAAAAGGGAAAGCGGAGACAUAUUUAGAAGCAAUCAGAAAGAAUAUUGAGUGGCUAAAGGAACAUAACAAAGAGGCAAACAAAGGAGAUAAUGAUCUUUCAAAACUGAAAGAAUUCGUCAACCAGCAGGCAGAUUCCUAUGUGGAAAAAGGAAUUUUGGACAAGGAAGAGGCCAAUGUUAUCAAGCGUAUCUACAGUAGCCUGUGAAGACAGAAUUUGUGGCCGUGUUAAAAAACAUGCUUUAGAAGUAGAUACUCCCACUUUGGUCAAAGAUUAAGGCACAGAUUUACAAAAUAUUAAAUUAGGGGAUCCAGAAGGAUUCGAUUGAUGCAUUUUCAAAGCAAAUCAAUGUGUCAAUUCAUUAUAAUGGGUUUAGAUUGCUUUGAGUGGUCGAACACCAGUUAUAUGGGGCAGCAACUAUAACUGCCCACUGAAUUGCUAAUCAACAAAAAAAAUUCGGGUUUAGCAAUUCAGUAAAAUUAAUUUUCCUUGUUGCUACAAAUGGGUAGUUACUUAGAAAGUUAAUUGUAAUAUUAUGGCUCAUAAAAAAAAA